AUGACAGACGCAGAGCAGCAGCAGCCUCACCUGAGCAUCCUCCGCAUCAAGCGCAAACGCACAGACCAGCCCACCCCGCUCGACGCCCUCGUAAUCGAGCAUGCUCAGCCACCUUCUAUCAAGCGCCGCAAGAACAACCCGGCCGACCCCGCACCCGAAGCUGCCGCCGCUCCCUCUCGAGGCAUCUUCCGCUUCGCCGAGACGGUCCCCCUCGACUCGUUCUCGACGCCAACCAAGACGCGCUCGCUGCGGGACCGCAUCCAGUCGUUCCUCGCCCACCCACCGCCGGCCCUCUCGCGCCAGCACAGCUCGGCGUCCCUGCGCUCGCUCGCCCGCGACCGCGAGUCGUCGCCGUCGUCGCUCAAGCCUCCGCCCACCGCCCAGGGACCCGGCUCGCCCGCAAGGCGCAAGCUCCCCUCGGCGUUGCGCGCCGCCCGCGAGGCCGCCGCAUCUGGCUCGGCGCCUUCCUCGCCGCUCGGGCCCGCGUCCCUCGCCGCCACCUCGUCCUCCUUCGGCCUGUCCCCCACCACCACCACUCCCUCCUCCCGCGCUCCCGCCGCGCCCCCCGCUCCGCCCUCGCGCGCCGCCGCCGCACACGCCUCGCGCGCCGCCCUGCGGUACCGCGUCGUCGAGCGUCGUCGCGCCGAGUCGUACGCCCUCUCGCGCGAGCGCGAGGCCGACGAGGUGAGGAGGGGGUUGCGGCCGCCGACGGCGGGCGAGGACGACGAGCAACACGACGGCGACACGGCCAUGGACCGCUUUGGCGAGAUGCUCGACGAGUACCUCUCUCUCCAGGAAUCCAUCACGCCCUCCUCGUCGGGCACCCUGCCGCCCUCGUCGGCGCCAACGCGCUCUCGCGCACCUGGUGGUGCGCCGGCCUCGGACGACGCCGACAGCGACGACGACGACCCGAACUCGGACUCGGACUCGGGCGCGUCGUUCGUCUACGACGUCUACUACCGCGCCGCGCCCGCUCCUGCGCCCGCUCCUGGUCCUGCGCCCGGUUCCGCGUCCGCGUCCGCCUCCUCGGCGACGGGGGGCCCGAGCGCGCACGGCGUCGCGUCGAGCGAGCUACCCGGCGGCGAGGUCGGGUCGGUCGGCGCGUGGGACGUGAGCUCGUUGGCGGGCUUGACGAGGAUCGGGCAGCUCGCCGGCCUCGACCCCGACGAGGACGACGCCGCGCUCCUCCUGCUCCACUCGGCGUCGGCGUCGGGUGCGGCGGCGCGAGGCGGCGGGACCGGCAGUGGCGACAGCGACGAGGAGGAGGACAAUGCGGAUCAGGACUCGAAUGAGGAAAACGACUACCGCAACGACUACCCGGACGAGGAGGACGCCGACGCCGACGCCGACGCCGAUGCCGACGAGGGCCUCGACGCCGACGACGCGGCGGCGUGGCGCGAGAGCGUGAGGGGGUUGGGCUUGGGGCCGCGAGCGCGAGUUGGGGAGGGUGGGUGGAGCGACGAGGAGGACGAGCGGGAGGAGGAGGAGGACGACGAGGACGAGGGGAUGAGCGACGAGGGGUGGAACGACUGA